CGAGCAGCGCCGCUUCCACGGCACUUCAAUGGCCCCGGGCUGCUCCUUUGGCAUCGAUGUGACGCAGCCGCCGUGCACAGACCCGGCGUGCGCCGUGUGCAGCAUCUGCGCCUCCUCAUUUGACCUCCAGCACGCCGGCUCCGGGAGGCUCGGCGCCGGCUUCUUCCGCUACGGCAAGGGCCUCUACUUUUCGCGCGUCUCGUCAAAGUCGAACGACUACAACGCGGGCUCGCAGCGCGAGAACCCGCGCAGCCUGCCCGGCGGCACGUACAAGUGCAUGUUCCUUUGCAAGGUGGCCGAGGGUGCAUCGCACCGCUCCAAGAGAGACCGGCUGGACGAGUUCGAAGUGGACAGCCUCAUCGCUGCGCGCGGCCAGGGCGCCGCCCACGACUCCAUCGUGGGCGUGAGCGUCGCCGACGGCGGCGCCAUCAACCACGAGGAGACCGUGGUCUACACAAAUGAGGCGGCCAUCCCGUCGUAUCUGAUCGUGUACCGCAUGCCAUGACCCUUUCGAUAGAGCGGACGGUGGUCGUGGCAUCGCGUGGGCCGUGCCCGUCUCGGGGGUCGAGAGCCGCCGAGAUAUGGCGAUAUGGUCCGAUGCGCGCGACAUGGGUCAUGGCCGGAUGUGCGAAUGUCCCGGGUGGGCGAGCGCGAUGCGCACGUGGUUUUCUUUUCUACCAAAAUAAAAUGUGCUGUGUUCGAUAGGCUUGUAUUCUAAGAAUUCUUUCUCAUGU